AUGGAUCCAUGGGUUGGAGGUGCCAUCAGCUCGCUACGAUCCCAGCGCCCCCACUGUGGGGAUCUGACUCGGACCUCCUCCUUCAAAUCUGACGCGGUGGGGACCUUUGACCUCGAGUGGUGCACAGGCCGCCGAAUCCAUGGGCACGAGAGCGGACCGGAUCCAUUAGCAGGCAGGCAACCUUGUUACGCGGGCUCACCGACAUCCUUCUUGUCUUCGUCGGCUGGAUCCAUCAGAUACGCCAGAGGUGUACCCAGUUUCUGUGAUAAGUGGAGAGAUGUAAGUGUCUGCUCCAUAGAAACCAUUUCCUCUUGUACGACACCUGUGGUUGCUUCUCAAGGGAUACAAGUAGUUGUAUGGGAUGCUCCUGCUGAAAUGAAGAUCAUGCCUAUAGCCCAGUUACCCCAUUGUCGUGAGUAGUCCAUGAUACCUAAUCACCAAAAGAGGAAGGCUACAUUGCUUUUGCCCCAACUGGUUGCAUAUAGCUAUUUAUGUGCUCAACUCGUGAUCGGCUCUGAUGUUCAGCGUCAAGGGAACUUGCCACCAUGAUGAUUGGCUGUCUUUUGCAAACCUCAUGUCUGCGAGCCGUGUAGUUUGCCGUUCUAUGGUACGAGCUAAGAUGUUCGAUAGUCAUUAAUUCUUGAUUGUUGUGUAUGGUUCAGUAGUACCAUAAAUAUAAUGAAGGGUUGUGUAAUUUAUAGCUGAACAUAACCAUGGGAGCUACAGUGGACAUACAAAUUAUGCUAUAUGUCGAUGCUUCAUAAUUUUGUGUCAUGUUUCUAUUGGUAUAAUAUGAUA